AUGGCCCCAACAGAAUUGAAGGAACUUAAGGUUCAAUUGCAAGAGUUGUUGGAUAAGGGUUUCAUAUGCCCUAAUGUGUCCCUUUGGGGUGCGCCGAUGUUGUUUGUGAAAAAGAAAGAUAUGUCAUUACGUCUCUACAUUGACUACAGGGAAUUAAACAAUGGUGAGGAAUUUCAUGACACCUUUGUCAUAGUCUUCAUAGAUGACAUUUUGGUGUAUUCCAAGACAGAGGCGGAACACGAGGAACAUUUACGAAAGGUUCUAGAGACCUUGAGGGUGCAAAAGUUAUAUGCUAAGUUUUCCAAGUGCAAGUUCUGGUUAAAGCAGGUGUCCUUUCUAAGGCAUGUGGUGUCCAAGGAAGGUGUAUUUGUUGACCCCACAAAGAUCAAGGCAGUCACGAGUUGGUCUCGUCCUACCACAGUCGGAGAGGCUUGUGAGGAUAGUUUCCAAGAUCUCAAGCAAAGAUUGGUUACUGCCCCAGUUCUCACCAUAUCGGAUGGAACAUGUGGUUUCGUUAUCUACAGUGACGCUUCCAAGAGAAGGUUGGGGGUGCGUGUUGAUGCAGCAAGACACUACUUGUAUGGCAAGAAGAUACAGAUUUUCACCGACCACAAGAGUUUAAAAUACUUCUUCACUCAGAAGGAGUUAAACAUGAGGCAGCGUAGGUGGUUGGAGGUAAUGAAGGACUAUGAUUGUGAGAUUAUGUACCACCCAGGAAAGGAAAAUGUAGUGGCAGAUGCUCUAAGUGGGAAGGUAGCCCAUUUAGCAGCCCUUAUCACUAUACAGACUCGAUUAUGUAAAGACCUUGAGCGGGCCGAGAUAGCAGUGGUGGUAGGGGAGGUAAAGGCCCCAAAACAAAAGCUAGCAGGCUUGUUGCAACCUUUGAGCGUACGGGAAUGGAAGUGGGAGAAUGUCUCGAUGGACUUCAUUAUGGUGUCCAUCGUGUCUGAUAGGGACCCUCGAUUUACCUCCAGCUUUUGGAAGAGCCUUCAGGCAGCAUUGGGUACUCGUUUCAAUUUCAGUACGGCUUUUCACCCACAAACUGACGGUCAAACUGAGCGUUUAAACCAGAUACUGAAGGAUAUGUUACGUGCUUGUGCGCUAGAGUUUGUAGGGAGUUGGGACUUUCACCUGCAUUUGAUAGAGUUUGCCUAUAAUAAUAGUUAUCAGGUAACCAUUGGACCUGAGUUAGUACAAAUCACGAACGAGGAAAUACAGAAGAUUAGGGCCCGAAUGUUGACAGCUCAAAGUAGGCAGAAGCGUUACGCUGAUAUUAGGCGUAAGGAUCUGGAGCCAUUUGAGAUCCUAGAACGGGUUGGCCCUGUAGCCUACCGGCUGACCUUGCCUCCAUCCCUUUCUGCAGUUCACAAUGUUUUUCAUGUUUCCAUGUUGAGGAAGUACAUAGAAGACUCAUCUCAUAUUGUGGAUUAUGAGCCAUUUCAUUUAAAUGAGAACCUGAGCUACGAAGAGGAGCCCAUUCGAAUCCUGACCAAGGAAGUGAAAAUUUUGCACAACAAGGAGAUAGCUUUGAUAAAGGUUCGUUAG